AUGAAGAGCACCAUUCUCCUCUCUGCCUUUUCUCUGGCCUCUUUAGGUUCUGCAGCUGCACAUGGAGAGCAUGGUUUCGGACUUCAGCGUCACCAGGCUCUCCAUAGCAGCAGUAGUAGCAAGGCUAGCACUGCCACUGUGAAGGCUUCAUCAAGCAGUAUGAAGACUUCGACAAGAAGUACGGCAUCCUCAAUCAAGUCUUCUUCGAAAGCCUCCACCAGCUCGGUAAACUCCAGUUCGAAGUCUUCUAUGAAAGUCUCGUCGUCAAUCAAAGCCGCCAGCAGUUCGAGCAAGCCAGUCUCUAAGAGUUCUUCUUCGAUCAAGAGCUCGACACAGACAGUAUCCACCAAGGCCGCGACUUCGACUGCAUCGACAAUGAGUCUCGCUUUCAAGGCAGGACUUUCCGGAUAUCCGGGUAUUGAGACACUCGAUCUGUUCAACCAGCAAUGGGUGCCAUACAUCUCCUGGUACAGCAAUUACGAGCCUGUGGCCCCCAACAUCAACGCUUCAACUCACACCGUGGUCGGAGCUCCCAUGCUUUGGGGCAAGGGUGAUCAGUGCCUCACUAACAACCCUGACGGACCGGUCGACAAGUGGCGCCUUGGAAACUUUACUGAGUAUGUCACAAGCGGCGAGACACAUCCUGAUGUGUUCUUCGGUUUCUACGAGCCUGACUGCGACUGUCCUUCUUCGAGUCACAUCACCGAUGUCAACGUCGGCGUACAGAAGUGGAACGAGCUGAUCAAGCCUCUUCGGAGCCGUGGUAUCGCUCUCGGCUCACCACCCAUGUGCACGCAGUUGGAUCAAUCUUGGUUGACCAACUUCGCCGCUCAAGGCGUCACUUGGGAUAUCACUAGCAUCCACGUCAACAAGCCCACUGUUGCUGAAGGCAUCAAGGUAGUCGAGUAUUACGUUCAGAAGUUUGGCAAGCCCGUCUGGGUCAGCGAAUUCACCUGCGUGAACGACCAGAACUGGAGCUCUUGUGGUGACCAAGCCACUGUCAAUGCUUUCAUUGACGGUAUGGUCAAAUACUUCGAGGGUAACGACAUGGUCCUUGCUUACGGAGCCAACAAUGGAGAAGGCGUUCCUGGCGUUUGGAACCUAAUGACCAGCUCAUGGCCACCACAGCUCACCGCAACUGGUCAACACUAUCAGUCUGUCCUUAAGAGUCUCGCAUCGUCGCAAAAGUGCUAG